GGUUGCUAAAGGUAAUUCAUUCGCGUUCGUCUCAAACUCUAACCCCUAGCUCCUGCCAAUGCACCAAAAGCCGUUUCGUGGUUGACAAGCCCCUGGAACGCCGUGCCGCAGUUUCUCCUCGAUGUGAUGACAGAUUCGCGGAAACAAGCGAUCACUGCAACGAUGGAGAAGCCUGUCGGUCUCGGAUGGCCGAUGCCGCCUCUACCUAUAUGCCUGGGUGGCGCCUGGUUUGCGCACCCGGCCUGCAGCCGAGACGUCUGCUUCUCUCGAGCGAAGAAAAUAGCAAACACUAUAGCUAGACGCGCGACUAGCUGCUUCCUACCAUAUUGCCUGGCAGUGCAUAGCCGUCGCUAUCAUGGCGUCUGUACAAAACACCAAUGCGCAUGCUUAUUCUCGGCCUAGACGCAGCACAUCCAACGGCACCAAUGCAUUUCCACCACACUCGCGCAGCUUCUCGAACGGCACCAAUGCAUUUCCACCACACUCGCGCAGCUUUUCGAACGGCACCGAUGGUGCCCCACCGCGUCCAGUUCGGAGCUACUCCAACGGGCCCUUUACCACCGGUCCCGAAGUCCUUCCAUCCCUGACCAGACAGAACCUCGAAGGCGAAAACGAUACUGUGCCACCUCUCCCUACUCGUAACUACUCCAACGGCCCCGACAACACUCCUCCCCAACCGAUCCGAUCCUACUCCAACGAGCGCGCAAACAUACCUCCGCUGCGUACGCGAAGCUUCUCAGUAGCAUCAACUGUCCACGACGAAACAUCUCCUGUCAUAUCUGCGAGGUCAUGGAUGUUCAAAGAAGGUGCAGUCCCAUGGGGAGACGCCAGCCGGAGAGACGGAAGCGGGUUCACGUCUCGCUCGCCGUCUGACUAUUCCCAGGAGCCAGAACUUCCCAAGAAAAAGCGCAGGCCUUGGUACCGAAUUGGUUUCUGGGGUUUCAUGACGAUCAUUCACGGCACAAUCCUCAGCUUUGCCUUCUUGGCCUUUCUUUGCUUCCUAUGGUUGACGAAAGAGAGGUUUGACCCGGAACUCGCCGGCCCGACCUGGAGAUGGGUUAUGUUGGGAGGAAGAGUCACGCAGGCCAUCACCUUGGCUACUGUACUCAUAAGAAUCGCCGUCACAACAAAAGCGGCAGUCUUCACUAGUCUGAUAGCAUGUAUCAUGCUGGAAAGGCACGGUGUUCCUCUCUCUCAGGUGGCCGAGCUGUCUGUCUUGAGAUGUGUCAACGACGGACCGAUGAGACUGGCCUGGCUCCUGCUGACUUCAUGUCGCAAGUCGCCAUUGUUGUCAAUAGUGUCGCUUGGCCUGAUUCUCACAACCGUGGCGGUUCAAUUCUCCUCUACUAUUCUGGUCUCGGAUCUUGACUUUACCAGGAUCAUUGGCGACCCGAGCAACGCAUCUAUGCCCGUCUUUAUGAAUAUGGACGUCAUCAAUCUGAACCACCAAUCCAAUGGGUGGGUUGAAAGGCCUACUGCAUACAUCCCCUUUGGAGAAGUGGGAUCUGGGAUGAACUCAACACCCACGUCACUGGGUGUCAGUGACACGGGAAUUGUUCGAAGAGUGUUUUUGCCAGUGUCGCCCAGUGAGCAAGAGCACGUCCGUCGGUACAGUGGACAGGCCGUUGUGUUCAACUCCAGGUUUGUUUGCAUGCGCCCGUCUGUCAGCGCGACUGUGACCUCCUCGGCCAACAUCUGGCCGGGGACGUCGUUCCUGCCACUCUUCCUAAACGUUUGGGGCAAUAUCGACUAUGAAGCAACAUUUGCAGAGGCCGGCAUGCCUCUCCCAGCAAACUGCCCUGGAGGCAGCUGCUUUCCCUCGGCGUUUAACUGCUCUUUGAGUCAGCAUGCAGACACGACGGCACAUCAGCGACAAGGCUUCACCAACAGCGUUUGCGUGCCUGACGGUAGAGGCUCAGCUGCCAGUGCCAAAAACUUCACCUUGCCCGAGGAUGAAGCAGUACCCGCCUAUGCUGGAGUGUUUCUUUUCUUCCGGAGCAACAGUACGAUUGAUCUCUGGCGUGGCCCCAACGACACCGCGCUCAACGGAGACUUUCCCCUGCCAAACCCGCCCGCACCAGCCGGCGAGUGGGUUACCUAUGAGCGCCCCGUGGGUGGUCGCAUGGGGGGAAUGCAGUUUAUCAACGGUGGCAUGCGUCUCGACAUGUCAAUCUGCUUCCAACAACUUACUUUCGACAUGUCGGAUGUGAAAGUUUUCAGUCCGAGGGACCUUGAGCGUCCGGUGGUAUCGUGGGACUCGGUAAAGAUGCGCUGGGACACGAAUGCCGUGCGGAGGAUGAUCGACCCAACAUCCCAAAACAUUGGUGCUGAUGGCAGUACUCCGAAUAUGCUCUCGCCGGCAGAGCGGGGGACCUACGAGGUUGAGUCAAUCUCAUCGACGCGGAUGCGCAACAUGGCGGUUUACUUCAACAACAAGCUUAUCAACAGCAACUACAACUCCCCACAGACAAACAACGUCUCGCUGUUUAUGGAUCCGCUUGGGCUAGGAAAUCCCACAAUUCUCCCUCAUGUCGAGUACCAGGUCCUGUUUUCAGAUGCGCUGAACUCGACCAAUCGUCCAGGUUCUGCAUUCCAGACGGUAUUAACAGCGAUGGCGGGGUCUGCGAUCAACGAGGCCAUUCCGCAGUUCAACAUGAUGGGGAACACGACACUCACAUCGUCCGUCUCGAUUUUGACACCCCGCAGGGUGAAGGGCCUGAUAGCAGUGUUUGCCAUAGUUCUUGGUAACAUGAUAUGCGGAAUCACGGUGUUGGCUCUGUUCUUCCUCAAGACGAAAUUCUCCACUCGAGGCAAUUCUUGGCAGGCCGUCUCUCAGCUUGUGUCGGAACACACGGCGUGGCUGCUCGAGGAGUCAGCUGAGCUGACGGACGACGAAAUUGAGAAGAAGUUCACCAGAGACAUGGAUCCCAGUGUUCAGAUUGCCCGGUCUGGGAAGACGGGGAGGGUGCAAGUUUUGUUAUCGACGGCGGUUCGGCAAGGGAAUCAACAAUGAGAUUCGGCCUUUGUAUUAGCAUUCUCUGGUGUGCGUGCGCCCUGAGACAGCCACUAAAUGUAAUAAGAUCUACUUUGUACUUAGUUUAGUUUAAUAUCAAUUCGCCAAAAAUUCGGUUCUUUAGCCC